AAUGACUCAUUUUUCACAAGAAAUCUCCCAAUAAAAACAUAUCAGAUAUUUUGGUUCUUCGUUGAUUCAAGCCUCGUGCAUAGUUGACUCUUGCAAGGCUUCUUGGCUGCGCUCCUAAAAGGCCCAUUUUACCGCCGUAGACGCCGGCCGAGAUAUACCUACGGUACUUGUAUAAUCACCUACCUCCCGUUGCCUUCACCCCCCCGUGAGAACCUUACCCCACCAAUCAACCAAAAUGCCCAUGCUCAAGGAUCCGUCAAAGAAGUACAAGCGCUUCGAGCCUUUGAAGCUUGAAAACCGGCAAUGGCCGAACAAGACCAUCGACAAGCCUCCACGAUGGCUCUCGACCGAUUUGCGCGAUGGCAACCAGAGCUUGGUUGAUCCCAUGGACGGAGAACAAAAAUGGAAAUACUUCAAGAUGUUGGUCGAAUUAGGAUACAAGGAAAUCGAGGUCUCCUUCCCCUCAGCCUCGCAGACCGACUUCGACUUCACGCGCCGCCUCGUCGAGACCCCCGGAGCUGUCCCCGACGAUGUGUGGCUCCAAGUCCUCUCUCCUUGCCGAGAGGAAUUAAUCAAGCGGACGGUUGAGUCUCUCAAGGGUGCCAAGAAGGCGCUUCUACAUAUCUACCUUGCGACGAGCGAGUGUUUCCGACGGAUAGUGUUUGGAAUGACGGAGGAUCAGAACGUGGAGUUAGCGGUCAGAUGCACAAAAUACGCACGGUCGAUUACGAAGGACGACCCCUCCCAAGCGGGCACAGAAUGGGCCUUCGAAUUCAGUCCCGAGACAUUCUCAGAUUCCCGACCAGAGUUUGUGAUUAGGAUAUGCGAGGCCGUCAAGGAGGCUUGGGGCCCUACAGUCGAGAACCCCAUCAUCUUCAACCUUCCAGCCACGGUGGAGAUGUCAACACCAAACGUCUAUGCAGACCAGAUUGAGUAUUUCUGCACGCAUAUGACGGAGAGAGAAAAGAUCUGUGUUUCCCUUCACCCCCACAAUGACCGAGGGUGCGCGGUUGCGGCCGCCGAGCUGGCACAGAUGGCUGGUGCGGAUAGAGUAGAGGGAUGCCUCUUCGGGAAUGGAGAGAGAACGGGCAAUGUUGAUCUCGUUACCCUGGCUUUGAACCUCUACACACAAGGUAUUCACCCCAAUAUCGACUUCUCGGAUCUUAACAGAGUCGUCGAUGUUGUGGAAGUGAGCAACAAGAUCCCAGUCCAUCCUCGAGCACCCUAUGGAGGCUCCCUCGUCGUUUGCGCCUUCAGUGGUUCUCAUCAAGACGCUAUCAAGAAGGGAUUCCAAGCACGCAAGCAAGCCGGAGCUACAGACGAGGACCAUUGGCAGCUACCAUACCUUCCUCUCGAUCCUCAAGACAUUGGCCGCACAUACGAGGCCGUCAUCCGGGUCAACUCACAGAGUGGCAAGGGUGGAGCAGCCUGGAUCAUUCUGCGGAAUCUCGAGCUCGACCUUCCUCGCGGUCUUCAAAUUGCGUUCAGCAAGAUUGUUCAGAAACGAGCAGAUGAAGUGGGCCGCGAGCUCCUCUCUACCGAGAUCCAGGACUUGUUCGAACAAACUUAUUUCCUCAAAGAGAACCCACGGUUUACAUUAGUCGACUAUAACAUCACCACCGACCGCUCGGCGUCCCCUGCGCCCCCAGCACCGGGCAAGACGCAGGAUACCAAGAACCUCAAGCGAUGUUUCAAGGGCGUGAUCGCGAUCGAUGGUCAGGAAGUUGAGUUGCAGGGUACUGGUAAUGGGCCCAUCUCCUCCUUGGCCAAUGCCCUGGGCUCAGUGGGCAUCCACCUCGAGGUUGCGGACUACAAAGAACACGCUAUCGGAGGAGGCACAGAUGUCAAGGCAGCAAGCUAUAUUGAGUGUUCGGCUGCCGGGUCAAGCGAGAAGGUCUGGGGUGUGGGUGUGCAUGAGGAUGUGGUGCAGAGUUCUUUGAUUGCACUUCUGAGCGCUGCCAGCAACUUUGUCACCAGCAGAUCCAGCACCCCCUUGUUGCUCAGGGGAAAACAUGCGCGAGCCCCGAGCCAAGACCUUGACCUUAACGGAGCCCCUAAGACCGCGGAUGGUGUUGCCAUCCCCAAACCUAGUGCUCCGCCAAAGAGCGGACCAGACGCGGUGGGUGUCUUGGAGGCGAAGGCGAAUGGGAUGUGA